UAACCCUAUUCUCCUUUUCGAAGCACACCAAGUCCAUAAAUGUGGAUUUAUUUAUUUCCUCACUUAUUUUGAACGGGUGUGUGUGAGGACAAAACAGCACAACCGACAGGAGCGGUCCUGACCGACCGGUUCGGUCACUGAGAAUGAACACUCUGCCCCCCCCGUACUCUCUUUUACCAUUUGGAGAUGAUGUUCUUGCGAGCAUACUGUAGGUGUCGCGUUACAAACUUACUUAGUGAGUGACUUUCAGUGACCCGGCGGCCUUGCGAGUGGAUUUACUUGUAUCCUAUCGGCGGGCGCACAUCUUUACUUUGGUCGCACGGCCACGGGCAGCUCCCUUCGUUCUUGUGCCGCUUUGGGCUGCGGCUUCACGGAGAGAACCGAGCGUUCGGAGCGAGGAACCGACGCGCUCAGGACCUCCCCCGGGUUCCUCCAGUGGGAGACGCGCUACGUUCGCCGCCCCGGUGGCCGCUGGGUGCCGCCGCUGCCGCCGCCGCCGCCGCCUGGCGCACAUCCACGCAGCCCGUCGAGCUCCUUGAGAGGGAUGUGCGCUCGUUCGAAGCGCGGCGGUCGUGCUCUCCGCGGAGCUCCAGGGAGGACAUGAUGAUGAUGAUCAUGAUGAGGCGCCAGUCCUCGCUGUGUCCACGGGGACCAGAUCCUGACAUGUCCGGCCACGGGAGGCUCCGCGGACUGCUCCUCCUCGUGUACGCCGCCCUCUCCCCACUCGUGUUCGGAGAGACUGUGGAUGAUGGGUGUGGCCUCUGGGUCCAAGGCUCAGAAAGUGGGGUGCUUUCCUCCCGGAACUACCCCAGAACCUACCCCAACAACUCAUGGUGUGAGCAGAAGAUUCGCCUGCCGGAAGGCCGCAGAGCCAUCCUCCGAUUUGCAGACUUCGACAUUGAAGAGUCGGACUGCCGGACCAGCUACGUCCAGAUUGUCCUGCAUCGGCAGAAGGGAGAAGAACAACAAGUGAACAAGACGUACUGUGGUCAACUGAAGUCCGAGCUCCCUGUGGUGCACUCGGAAUCCGGUGAGGUCACAGUCCGGUUUCUCAGUGGACAUCACAUUUCGGGCCGUGGUUUCCUUUUGACCUAUGCCACAGCGGAGCAUGAAGAUCUGAUCACAUGUUUAGACACAGGCAACAGUUUUUCUGCUUCAAAGUACAGGAAGUACUGUCCGGCAGGAUGUAAGGACGUGAAGGGGGAUGUUUCUGGGGACAUUUCACAGGGCUACAGACAUACCUCAGUCCUGUGCAAAGCGGCUGUCCAUGCGGGGGUCAUCGCGGACGGGCAGGGCGGCUAUAUCUCGGUGGAGCACAAGAAAGGCCUGGGCAACUACCCAGGUACCAGCGCCAACGGGGUCCAGUCCAAAAGAGGGUCUUUGUCCGAGACGCUCUUCACUUUUCACAGAGAUGCCUGUAAACAGCAGACGCAUCUCCGGCCCACGUCGACUGACGCAAGCUCUGGGCACAGUACCGUCAAGAUAGCCCCGGUAGGUGUGCAGAAUCCCAACGGAACCGAACCGCUGGCUUGGGGUACUGUCUGGAUACCUGACCGAAACAUCAGCCAACACUGGCUGGUCCUGGACCUGGGCGAGAUGAUGACGAUCACAGACAUCGUAACCAUGGGAUCUACCCAGUCGGACUCCUAUGUGAAGACGUACCUGAUAGAGCACCAGGAGGGAAGUCGGUGGAAGAGAUAUAUGUGGAACAGCUCUAAGGAGAUGGUGUUCACGGGUAACGUAGACAGCCACCACUCGCACCGCAGCUCUCUCCAACCACCCAUCGUGGCUCAGUGGCUGCGCAUGGUGCCCCUCAGCUGGCACCAGAACUUUGCUGUAACAGUGGAGCUGUUGGGAUGCCCUUAUGUUAAAGCGAACUCGUCGGCUUUGGAUCUCCUCCAAGCCGCGGACGAGGAGAAGGUGAAGGGUGAUGAGAAGACGGAGGAGGCGGGCACAACAUCGGGACCUGUGGAUUCACACGCUGACCUAGUGAAACUGGCCACCAUUGUUGCCCCCACCGUGUCGCUGCUCAUCCUGCUGCUGGCCGUGGUCUGCGUCUGCAAAGUGAUGCACAGGAAGAAGAGGAAAGACAAUGGAUACAGCUCCUCGGAGGACAAGAACACAGGCUGCUGGAAGCAGGUGAAACAGCCGUUCGUCCGGCAGCCGUCCACAGAGUUCACCAUCAGCUACAGCCCCGAACAGGAGCCCAUGCAGGAGCUGGACCUGGUCACCAGCGCCAUGGCAGUGGAGUACCAGCAGCCACCCAUGAUUGGCAUCGGCACGGUCUCCAGGAAGGGGUCCACCUUCAGGCCCAUGGACACGGAGGCCAAAGAUGAGGCCGGCGAAGGUGCCACACACUACGACUACCUGCACACGGCCAACCAGUACGCCCUGCCGCUGACCAGUCAGGAGCCCGAGUACGCCACUCCCAUCAUCGAGCGCCACGCUUUCCGGAAGGAUGGCUUCGCACCGGACCCCAGUUACAGCGUUCCGGGUGCCGUGCUCAGCAAAACUCCCUCCUUCAACGCCGUAGACCUCAAGGCUAGGAAGGUCGACCUCUUCUCCAGGGACUAUCAGACACCGCAGGUAAAGACGGACAGGCUGCGGGGCUCGGAGGGGGUCUACGACAGGCCCAAAGUGAGCGCCGCCCUGGUCCAGAAUGGCAGUGGCUCCGACUACCAGAAACCGGAAGUCAAGCUUCCGUUGGCGCAGAGCUCGGCCCCUAGAGACGGCAUCUCAGCCGCCGUCAGGUCCAAUCAGGUGGGAAGUGCGGGCAAAACCUGACGGUGCUAAGAGCCUCGGGACACGAUGCGGAGGUCCGGCUGGUUUACAGCACCUCUGAUGGACGCUACAAUAAGUUUGGGCCUUAUUUGCAGCGGUGAAGAUGCAAGAGAUGAGGGUUCUCCUGAUUCUUCUGCCAAGCUUAUUGCAUCUCUUCUUUCUUGUACUGUGGACUUUUUCUUUGUAGGGUUUCCCCCCACCCCCUCUUGUACAGAGGUCUGAUCAGCUUUGGGCUGUGGACAUUCUCCUGGGCUUUAUGCAGGUUUUGAGAACGUUCUUUGUUCUUGCUUUGGUGACCAUUUGAAGCUGCUUUCAAAAUGUACUUUGAGCCAACGAUGUGGGAACGGCCGCGGGUAUGCGCUGCCGUUCGUCACCGAAUGGGCAAUUCUUGUACCGGGGAGGACGGUCUAGACUUUAAGGGAUUCCAGAGUUCAUGCCAAAACAUCUUCAGACUGAGCGGGUCGGUUGCUGUGCUCAUUUUAGAUCUUUGGUGUCAAACCUUAGAUGUGCAAGAAUGUAGGUUCAGAUCAUCUUUAUAGGAACUGAUGACUUUCCUAGGUUGCUGUAAAACGGGUCUCCUUUUUUCUUUUUUUUUUUCCUGUGAAGAGAAGCUGCUCGUGAUCCAAAGGGUAGACAUGACGCAGGUGUCGAGAGUGGCCUGCGCAGAAGCUGCAUGAACAAGGUUUCCCUCUCAACAAGGAGCCUCAAUUAGUCUGGAUGGGAGGGGAGGCUGAGGGGCUUCCUAGGAGCCACAAUGGUGGUUCUGUCACCAACCAAUGCAGGUGGUUUAGGGAGUGAGCCGGAGAAUCCGACUUGAUCAAACAUGCGUGAAGAGGAAGCCAGUGGGCAUCGGAAAUAACCGGUGGAAAAUGGCACACGGAGAUGUUAUGGGACAUUAACCAAAUUGUACUGGAUUGUUUUUUUUUUUUUUUUUUUUUUUUUUUUUUCUUUUCCCUCCCCCCCCCUUUCAGUUGAGCCUUUUCCAGGGACCACAGCCAGGCUGUGAACAUGACGUUUUUAAAACUUAGGUGAAGAGUGUGCCCUGUUGAACGUUGCUCUUCCGCGUUAAAUGCGCAUGGUGCGAAACCCAGAAGGUGCAUCGGCAGCCGAACGCCACGUCAUCGCAGGUGGCGCCAGUCAAAAGCGGUGGACGUUUUUCUUGUGCACGUUCGUUGGAAAAGUUGAUUUUUCUACAGAGCGAAGAUGUUUUUUUGCCUAAUUUUAUUUAUUUGAUUUGAUUCCCCCCCCCC